CAGUAGCAAGGUGGGCCAGCCAGCAAAGAAAGAGAACACAAGAGGCCUUCCAAUCCUUUUUGGUGGAACUGGAACUAUACUCAAACAAAAUCUGAUUCUAGAACACACUUUGUAACACACUGAGAACCAAACAUGAGAGGAGCUUCCUAUUCCCAGAAAUCCCAGUCACUGCAGGUGAGUGGCUCUCGAAGCAGUAUGCGGGUCCAAAGCCCCUCUCCCUCCCGGUGCCGUGGUUCCUCGUACAACAACAGAGGACGGUCCGGAUACCAGGGUGGCAAUGCGUCCUCCGCCGUGGAAGUCGGCACAGAGAUACACCAGCAGCAUGCCAACGAGAAGGAGGAGAUGCAGGAGCUGAACGUGAGGUUCGCCGGCUACAUCGAGAAGGUUCAGGUCCUUGAACAGAGGAACGCCCAGCUGACUGCCGAGCUCGCCGCGCUACAGGGCCGCUUCAAGGGAGGCCCCACCGGCAUCGGAGAAGAGUAUGAUCUCAAGUUCAAGGAGAUGAGGGAGUUGAUCGAAGCCUUGACCAAUGAGAAGGGAGCUGCUGAUAUCGAGAGGGGAUACAUUGAGGAGGAGGAGGAGGUGUGGAGGCUGAAACUGGAAGAGGAGCAGGCACUGAAAGGUAUGGUCCCAGUCCCACACUGACCACUGGCUGGAGAGAUCUGCUGAUCUCGAUCGUCUCCUAUAUUGACAUUAUUGUAUGAUGAUAUAAACCUAAUUGUAGAUAAUAUAAUGUACUAUUGUUUCCAUGAAGAACACAGGAUUUCUAGCUUUCCUUUUAUUCCUUGAAGAAUCAAAAUUGUCAAAUUUGACUACACAAUGUUUCUAGGCAUACCUUUGGUUGAUUGAGAUCGCUUGUACUCGUAGGGUUGUAUGAUCAGCCAACGUUUUGUCUACAUACACCAAGUGAACCUGAUCCCAAUACUAUAAUAACAUUGUUGCUGUAAUGUUUUAACCCAUCUACUCAUCUCCCCCGUUUGUCCAUCUCCAGAGGAGGCAGAGAUGAUCUUGAGGGAGUUCCGUCAAGACGUAGACAAUGCCACCCUGCAGAAGGCGGAGCUUGAAAAGCGUGUCGAACAGCUGGUGGCCGAGAUAGAGUUCCUCAAGAAGCUUCACGACGAGGAAGUCGCUGACCUCAUGAAGCAGAUCGAGGACUCCAAGGUGACUGCGGAAAUUGAUGGCGACCGACCAGACCUGGCUGCAUACCUGCGCAACAUGCGCGCCGAGAUCGAGUCUGUGGCGGACAAAAACGUACAGGAAGCCGAGAAGUGGUACAAGGGCAAGUUCGAAACUCUCAAAGAAGUUGCUGGCAAGAAAGAGGAGCAGAUGAAGUCGAUUAAAGAAGAGAUCAUCACUUUCCACAACCAGGUGACAGACCUCCAGAACCAGAUUGAUGGGCUGAGGUCACGCAACAUGGCCCUGGAGCAGCAGCUGGAGGACAUGGAGAUGGCCCACAUGGAUAAGGUCGGAAGCCUGGAGGGCAUCAUUGCCCAGCUGGAGAACCAACUCUGCGAGACCAAGCUGGAGAUGGGCAAGUACCUGGCCGACUACCAGGAGCUGCUGCACAUCAAGCUGAAGCUGGACGCCGAGAUCGCCGUCUACAGAAAGCUGCUGGAGGGAGAGGAGAGCAGGCUGGGGAUAUCGGCAGGGAAAGAAGCUUAA